UACAUAAUCUCAUUCAUAAUCACUUAAAUCAAAUCAAAUUUCUUUAAAAUUAUGAUGAUUUCAGACUUCGUUGACUUUAUUAACUCACAAACAGAUAUCACACAACCAAUUGAAUUGAGAGACACUAAAGUCCUUAUCGAUGGCCAUCACAUACAACACGAACUGUACUUUGAAGCGAGUCGUCAACACAGAGAUGACAAUUAUGGCACCAAUUAUGCACACUUUGCUGAUACCAUCACAAGCUUUGUAAGACGUCUUCAGAUUUGCCAAGUCGUGCCAAUUAUUAUCUACAACGGAUCCAUUGAUCCAACCAAAUAUGAUAAUGCAUUUAACGAUAGAAUUAAAGAAAUUCAAAAUCUGGUUAAAGAUGAUUACCGGUGCCGUCGACUUCAAUCACCCACUCUUUGUAAUUAUGUGUUCACUUCAGUUCUUCGUAAUCUAAACAUCGAAAUAAUUCAGAGCUGUUCUCAGCCGUGGAUACAAAUGGCUUCUUUGGCAGACAAACUUAAAUGUCCGUUAGUUUCAAAUAAGAAAUGCUUUUAUUUUAUGGACAAUGAUAUUGCCGUCAUAUCUAAACUUCCAAUCAAAAGAAGGCAAUUAUCGUUUAGCACUUCCAGAAAGCUUUGGUUUUUAAAAUGCAAAGCCUAUCACUCAAGUUCUUUGCAAAAGAGAUAUAAAGGAUUUAGAAAAGAAUUAUUACCAUUAAUUGGUGUUCUUCUGGAAAGACGUUUACUUGAUUUUAAUGGCAUCGAUGGCAUGAGAAAUGAGAUCUUUCGCAACUGUAAUCACAAAAUAGAUGUAUUGAUGGAAUGGAUAACAACCAAGAGCUUCGACAAAGUAUUAGAGUCAGUCUUAAAAUUUAUUUCACAAAACAAGAAAUCAAUUAAUAGUUGUGAUCUUAAGAAACUAAUGACUUGCUAUCAAACAAAUGAAUUCAGUGGAUGUAGUCUUGAAAGUCACUUAAUGGAUCCCCAACUUAAGUGCAAUACCUUAAAAGUGAAGACCGCUGAAGAAGAUGUUGAUAUCAUUCUUCCCGAUUGGUUUGUCUAUGAAUACCACAAAGGAGUCAUUCGUCCGGCGCUUAUGAAUGUGAUUCAAAUGAAGACUCACGUACUCUAUCCUCAAUUAGAAGACUUUUCGCAGCCAUCGAGCUUUGACUGUACAUUAAGUCUAAGAAAAUUUCUUUACGGAUUACUUCGCACAGACACUAAAAUUAUGUCACAAAUCAAAGUAAUGACUCGAAAGGAUUUAAAUAGAUUUGAUCACUUGGUUUCACCACAACUCAAGAUAUCUGAAUUACAAGAAUUACCAGUUUUGGCAAACAUCAGAAAGUUGGCAAUUCAUAAAAGAAGAGCUCUAUUGCUGUCAAUUCUCAGAGUCACCGAAGGACUCAUUAAUAGAAUCAAAGUGUCUCUUAUGGUCUUUGAUUUGUGUCAAGACGUCUCAUCCAUUGAUAGCACAACUCUUAUUAUAAUUUUAUUAAUUUAUUGGAGGAUUCAUAACAAAGAAAGCAAUUGGAAAACAUUUAUUGGAUCCAUAAUUCUAAGUAUUAUUUAUUAUCUCAAUGAAGACCUGUCUAAUGAAGAAUGUUGGACUCAACUCUGUAUUCCACCAAAGAGUAGCCAACAAUUUAAUGUCCAAUUUGUUCACAAUUUCUCACAAUUUCAGUCGUGCUUUCAUAUGUUUCACUUUAUUAAUACAAUUUUGGAAAAUCCAAUUCGUGAAGGAAACCCAUACUUUUGUUUGAAUGGUAUCUUUAUAUACAACACUUCAAAACAACUGUCAAAUGAUGACAAUUACAAAGCAUUUGUCUGUCAGUUAUUCAAGAACUACCCAUUAAUGGCCAACAUUUAUAAUGAAAUCAUUCAAUUGGUUGUGUUUGACAUCAAUGGUAAUGCAGUCAACGAUAUAAAUCAAAAUUAUCUAAUUUCUAACUAAACUUCAAAU